CAAAACUUUGCCCUGCUAAUUUUCUCUGUUUCUGGCUGGGGAUUGCACAGAUAAUAUAUAGGUCUUCCUGAAUCCGAAGACCUGGACGAACUUGAUAUCUUGAUUUGAGUUUCGUCAUAUCGUAACCCUGAAGAUGGGAUUCAGACAAGGCGCUAUCCUCGCAUCGUGCUCUUUUUUUCUUGGUGUCCUCUUCAUCUGCUUCUUUGUUGAUUACCGCAUUCUGCACCAGGAUUUGACGGAGGAGAUCAUCACAGACGGCUUCCAAUUCUAUGCCACUUUCUUCAAUGCACCGCCCGCAAUCAAGGCGGUGCUACAUGGCUUCAUUGGGGUUGGUAUUCUCGGACUUGUAGCAAAACUGGUUAAAUGGGAUGAGAGCGCCAUCUUUUUUGAUGGAUCAAGUCUGGCGGCUUACAUCUUCGCAGUAUCUGUCUACCUUGGAGUGACAGUUCCAUCUUUGCGAACCAUUGUCACCCCCGUUGAUGUCGACACACGUGCGGACCGUAUCGAAGCCAUGCGAAUACUCUCAGCAGGUAACACCAUCAUGAUGGUAGUCCUUGGUGCCAUUCUCGUGCUUCAGGGUGGACAGGAAUACGCACGCCGUGCAGAGGUGAGAGAGCUGGCGAGGAUCGAAGAAGAGCUCAAGGCCAAAGGGAGUGCCAGUGCUGGGAAAGACAAGAAAGAGUAGACGCUUUGCUGGUGUGCGAAGCGGGAGGUCGGGCGUUACUCAGUAGCGUUCCCUGACUAUGGACAACUGUCAUUGUCCAUCUUAAUUCCGCAUGCUUCCCGGUAUGCGUUUGGCAUCGAACUAUCUAGGAACAUCUGAAACGACGAAACAGCAAUCUUUCGUUACUGCUGAUGUUUUCAGUAGUAUAAUGAAUUGCCAAGUAUCAUUAACACCAAGUACUAGUACUUGUUAUAUAUUUUGAUUGGUUUGUGUGCAUAUAGUGACCGAGC